AAGUGCAAACCCUCGGCUGGUGACAUGAUUAUAAAGAAACCAGAAGACUGAUAUAAUGCAGUGCAUAUAGUGAUGUUGCUAUCAUCAUCAUGCAUGACUUGCACAGCAACUCAGGAGCAAUAAAACUAAACCAGACUGGAGGCAUGCUGAAACAUUUGAGAACAUGUAGUAGUACUAUAGAUAGAUUGGAUUAGGAUCACAGCAAAGAAGCCUGGAGUCUCAGAGAAGUAUGGCUCCAGGUCCUGCAUGGAUCCCUGUCAGCUAAAGCAAGCUUUCUACUUUAGUGACCCUGUCCCAUUGUUCCUGGUAUAUACAGCUUUCUACUUUAGUGACCCUGUUCCAUUGUUUCUGGACCUGGUACAGGAUCACUUCAGUUAUAAGUAACGCAUGUGCAAGUUCUGUUCAAGCUACAUUUUGCUCGCUUUUAUUAGACAACAAAGCUUUAACACCGAAAGCUGCCACUAUUAGAAGUACUGACUUGUUGUGUGGAGGCUACCCAUGCUGUAAACGCAGUGCUAGAGCAUCCAGGUAAGCAGACCCAGUCACAAGCUUCUUAGCUUUUGCUCGUUUUUAUUUGACAACGAAGGUUUAACAUGAAAUUCUGCCACUAUUAAAAUUAAUAACUUGUUGUAUGAAGGCUAUCCAUGCUGUAAACGCAGUGCUGUGGCAUCCAGUUGAGUAGAUUCACCUGUCACAAACAAACAAACAAACAAACCAAACGACUACUAUAACCCGUGGCCGCCCACGCGCCUCGGGUUAAUUACACAAAGUAAGCUUGAAUAAAAUAAUUGUCUAACUUUUGAUAAGAAAAACUUGUCCAGAAAAACUUUAUUUCCGGAGAUAAUUAAUUUUAUACACAAUUUUGUACAAUCAACCCGUUUUCAUGACAUCACGGUCCAAAACCGCAAGUGUGACGUUUGUGUCACGUGGCACGCGGUAACCUCGUGUUACUUUGGUGCGAAACCAGAUUGUAGUAUAGAAAGCUAGAAAGAAUGGAAGUAUACUGCUUGCUACUUUUUUUGUCUGUUAUAAAAGGCGUUCGGUUUUAUGACGUUGCUGUAUCUGCUGUGGGUGGUGGUGGGAGGGUAGUGCUCUAUCUAGAGACCAACAACCAUGACCCCAACUGUGUGGCAGUCUACCUUCGGUCCUCAUAUGUCAGUGAAAAGUUGGGUCACCUCGCUAGGGAAGAUGCUGCCUACCUAGCUCCCCUGCUACGAUCAGGCUUGUUUGCAACAGGCGUUAUUACUGGAGCUGUGUACAGUCAGGGCGGAAAUCGGAGAUGGUCUUCUUCUGUGUGUGAUGUGCGUGUGUCUGUGUUUGGUCAGCCAGACAGUCUGAGGACUGUGCGAGAGAGGCUGUUUACACUGCAUGGAGUCCAGGUUGUUAUUAUUUCUAUUUUAAACAGUAUAUUAUUACAGUUGGUCACUCCAUCACCUCAGCAGUCUCCACCGUGUCCUCCUACUGUGACCAUAGCAGAAUGUGACAGAAGAGAAUCUUUUGCCGAAUAUCAGAGACUAGACGAUGACAAACAAUUUACAGAACCUCCAUCCCCUAAGCGCCGACGUAUAGACCCUGACAGUGACAUUAAGAGACUUGACAGUGACGUAAUUAUUGUUCCCCCCCCUAGACCAGACUCUACAGACAGUGACGUUACGAGACUUAACAGUGACAUUACGAGACUUAACAGUGAUGUACUUAUUGCUUCCUCCCCUAGGCUAGACUCUACUGACAGUGACGCUACAACACUUAACAGUGACGUACUUAUUGAUUUCUCCCCUAGACCAGACUCUGACGCUACAAGACUUAACAGUGACGUACUUAUUGAUUCCUCCCCUAGACUAGGCUCUACUGACAGUGACACUACAACACUUAACAGUGACAUACUUAUUGUUCCCCCCCUCGGCCACGACAAACUGAUACAAGUGAUUCUGACGCAACAGAGCCCCUUCCAGAUCCCUAGUCUGUACAUGGAAGUAAUGGUGUAGUUGCAAACAUAAUUAUUUUUGUUGCUGCGUUAUAUAUUAAAAAAUGUGAUCAGUCCUUACUACCUACUCUUCUAUGUGACUUGUAUAACUUUACAAUACUAUCUACAUUUUCUGUUGUAUAUCCCUCUCUAUAUGCUGUUUCAUAGUCCUUGCUCUUUCGAAAGAAUUUUUUAAUCAUGUCUUUUGUUGCUGUGUCCAGUCCUAUGGGUACUUAGUCGUACAAUACUUCCAUUUGCAUGUGCUCGUGUGUAUUUUUUGGCCUGGCACCAGCAUCUCUCAAUGGGAUUUUAGUUCAUAGUGAAACUUUGGUACAAAUGUAUGUACACACAUGUCCUUUACUUUCAAUUAGUUCGCUCAAUAUCGGUUUACUACUUUUAAAAUCUUCGUAUGUUUUUAAUCUUGCCGUCAUGUCUCUAGCCAGCCACCAUUCCUUGCGUACAGACUCCCCUCUCCUCUAAUACUAUCUUCAUUCCUUUAGGCGUCCCGUUCGGAAGAUUCAUCUCCUGAACCUCACCAUUAUGGAAAGUUGGUCUCAUUACUGGCUGUUUGCCUCCCGGGUUUACGUUCAUUGCAUCUGCGUUGAGUGCAUCGUUUGCCUUCUUCAUGUGAGAUGGUGCGUUGUCAAAUAUAAAUAGUGCUGUAGUGUUAGGAUAUUUAUUCUCGAAAAUUUUUAUUAACUUGUUCUAUCAUAUGUUUGUUGGACAAUUUCAUUGGCUAUCUAUUUAUAGUUUACUGUCAUUACGUAAUGUUAUGUAUGCCAUGUGCGUUGAGAAGUAUCUCACUGUGAAAAUCGAAAUAAGUGUUAACGUUUGAACUAUCUAAUAUAAUCCUAGUCAGCAGUAGCACCUCAGUGCAUGGAAUAGCUCUCUCUCCGAAAUAUUACAUGGUCCUUCGAGCCGGAUAGAGCUACUAAGCUGUGAAGAGCCGUUUAGAGAAACUUCCAAAAUUAAAGAACGUGACCUCCAAUGGCGGAAGAACUAACGCGGAAGAGGAGAGUGAGAGGCGGCCACAAGGCGUCCGCCACUAGGAUAAUGACGAGAGUAGAGGAGAUGCUGAGCUCUGGAGAUGAACCACAACGAGCUGUGUUGAACCAGUUAAGCAUGAGCCUCAAGGAGAAGCUGGAGGAGAUUAAGCUACUGGAUGCUGAGAUUCUGACGCUUGUGGGAGAUGAUGAACUGGAGGAUGAGAUUGGGCGAGCUGACAACUACAAGGAGCGUGUCUACGCCAGCCUGAUCGAGAUUGAGGCUCCAGUGACAUCUCGGGUCCCUGCAAGGACUACACCCGCAAUGGGCUAUGCCAGCAGUAAGGUCAGACUACCUAAAUUAUUGAUUAAGCCUUUCAAUGGGAUUUUAACUCAAUGGACUCCCUUUUGGGACUCGUAUAAGUGUGCAAUUCAUGAGAACCCCGAGCUUUCAAAGGUUGAUAAGUUAAAUUAUUUGAGGUCUAUGGUGUCUAAUACGGCCCUCGAGGCAAUAUCUGGUUUGACCCUCACAGAUGCUAAUUAUGACGAAGCGAUCGAUCUAUUGCAAAAGCGAUUUGGUAAUAAACAACUUAUCAUAAAUAAACACAUGGAGCAAUUGCUACAUGUCGAUGGGGUGGCCUCCCAGAAUGAUACCAAAGGGAUCAGACAAUUGUACGAUGUGAUCGAAUCGAACGUACGAAGCCUCAAAUCGUUAGGGGUCAGUGCCGAGUCGUAUGGAUCGUUGUUAUCAUCUGUUUUAAUGAGUAAGCUACCGUCCGAAUUGAGAUUAAUCGCUAGUCGAAAGUUUGGAGACAGUGAAAGUUGGGAUUUUACAGAGCUAUUGGGUGUAAUUGAAGAGGAGGUUCAGGCUCGAGAACGGUCGACAACACGGGCGAAUUCUGAACCCACACGGGGAACUGAAACCCGUCGACCAAAGGAACACCCGACUGGAGCGGCACUAUUUACCGAGACCACCACACUCAAAUGCUGCUUUUGUGAACGAGAGCAUGCUUCGCAAGAUUGUCGAACGGUUGCAAGCAUUGAGUCUCGUCGCGAGGUUAUCAGAAGAACUGGUAGAUGCUACAUAUGUCUUGGAAAGGGGCAUGUGUCCCGGAACUGCCGCAGCCGAAUCAAGUGUCGUAGUUGCAAAGGAAGGCAUCAUGUCGCGAUAUGUUCAGGCCAACCUAGGCGAAAGGCACCAGAAAACAAACAACAGGAAUCACCUGGUACAGGAGGGCUCGACCCUGAAGCCCCCCUUUCCAGCUACCAAAAACGGGAUUAUUAUGGACGUAUUCUAGUAAACCUGUACUUCUUCAAACAGCAAGAGCCACUGCAUACAAUCCAGACUGUCCGUCAACCUCUUUGAGUGUUCGAAUGGUGAUGGAUACUGGCAGCCAGAGAUCAUACAUUACAAACAGUGCGAGGAGCCGACUCGAGUUGACCGCUGCAGGAGAACAACGUAUGACUAUCAUGACAUUUGGGUCCGCCCAGAAUGGUGACAGUGUCUGUGAAUAUGUAAAACUAGGGCUCAAGCUGAAGAAUGGGGAGACGCAAAAUCUCUCACUGUUCACUGUACCUACGAUCUGUGAGCCGUUAAAGCCUCAUCCCCUCGUUGACUAUAGAAGGACAUAUCCACACUUGAGUGGAUUAGAGUUUGCUGACGAUCCGGAAGACGCUGAGACAAUCCAUGUGGAUAUGCUAGUUGGGUCUGAUCACUAUUGGGACCUCGUAACCGGAGCACUGCAGAGAGGAACAAACGGGCCAGUUGCCAUCGAAACGAGACUCGGAUGGGUUCUCUCUGGUCCUAUUUCCACUCCGAGUAUGGAUUCUCACGGUUUAAUAACACAUUCGCUGCACAUCACUUGUGAAGGAUUUGAGGAAAAGAUGCUGAAUGACACGAUGAGAUCGUUUUGGGAACUGGAAUCCUUUGGAAUCCCAAACACAGAUCGAUCACUGUACGAUAAACUUCGUGACACAAUAGAGUUUCGUGAAGGAAGGUACGAAGUUCAACUUCCAUGGAAGGCACCGAGACUGGACCUUCCCAACAACUACGCGCUUAGUUUGAAGAGAUUGAAGGGGUUGCUUCGACGCCUCCGACACGACCCAGAUGUACUACGCGAGUAUGACAUGGUGAUCAAGACGCAGUUUGAGCAGGGGAUCGUUGAAUUAGUAGAGGAUUUGGCAAACAGGCCCGAUGUACACUAUUUACCUCAUCAUCCAGUAAUCCGAAAGGAUAAAACGACCACGAAAGUGCGAGUGGUCUACGAUGCCUCGGCCAAAACGAGUGGGCCCUCUCUCAACGACUGUCUGGACCAAGGACCGAAAUUCGAUCAAAAAAUCCUUGACAUUCUUUGUCGGUUUAGAACCCAUCGAGUUGCUGUAACAGCCGAUAUCGAAAAGGCGUUUCUUAUGAUAUCUGUGGCAGCUAAGGAUCGAGAUUUCUUGCGGUUCUUGUGGGUGGACGAUGCAGUUAAGGACGAGCCGAGAAUUGUUGUGUAUCGGUUCGCUAGAGUGGUAUUUGGGGUGAAUGCCAGCCCCUUCUUGUUGAACGCCACCAUCCGACACCAUCUUGAAAUACACGCGGACACACACCGUGAAAUUGUUUCCAAGGUGAUACGGUCGAUCUAUGUCGAUGAUAUUGUAACAGGUUCACAAUCAGAAGAGCAAGCUUAUCAGUUGUACAGUGAAGCUAAAACCUUGCUGAAGACAGGUGCAUUCAACUUGCGAAAGUUUUACACUAAUGCAACGAGAUUGCAAGCUAAGGUGGACCUCGAGGAGUCGGCACAGCAUCAAGAUGAGCCUAAGCCAAUGGAAACAUAUUCACAGUCCACACUGAGUGGCAAUGGAGAACUUUGCGAUGCUGAGCAAAGAAUUCUUGGAUUGAAGUGGAAUAUCACCUCAGAUCAGAUUAUCUUCUCAUUAGCCGAUUUGGCUGAACAAGCCCGAAGACUGGAGCCCACCAAAAGGAACGUCAUCAGCCUUAUCGGGAGGGUGUAUGACCCAUUAGGAUUCUUGGCCCCAAUUGUAGUGAGAUACAAGGUGUUCAUGCAGUCUUUAUGCAAGGCCAAGAUUGGCUGGGACGAGAAAAUACCGGAGGCCUCGAUAACGCAGUGGAGCAAACUCGUGUUGGCUUUGGAAGAUGCGCAGCCUUUGACAAUUCCUAGAUGCUACCUGGAAGCUGUGCAAGGUGAAGUGCUUUCCUAUCAGCUUUGCGGCUACUGUGAUGCCUCACUGUCAGCGUACGCUGCAGUUAUCUAUUUGUUGAUUGAGACCAAAGACAAGACUCACAUGCGGUUUGUGGUUGCCAAAACGAGAGUGGCACCUUUGAAGAAACAAACUGUACCUAGACUUGAGCUUCUCUCAGCAGUAUUGCUCGCAAGAUUAAUGAACACGACAAAAUUGAGUUUGAACCCAGAGAUUGAGAUAUCCUCCUUUCACUGCUUCAUUGACUCCCAAGUCGCUCUAUGCUGGAUAAGAAAUAUAGGAAAGUCAUGGAAGCCGUUCGUGCAAAACAGAGUGUCAGAAAUUCGAAACCUGUUCCCAGUUGAGUGUUGGAAUCACAUACCAGGCGUUGAAAAUCCUGCUGAUGUGCCCUCAAGGGGAACUACACCUCUCGAAUUAUUGGUGAACAAAUUGUGGCGAGACGGUCCUAGCAUGCCAUUUAGGUAUUCUGACAAAGCAACCGAUGACGACCUUCCCUCGGAAUGCCUCGAAGAGCUCCCGGCAAGCGAGAAACGAGCCGUACAUGGUCUUUUGACAAUCGAGGAGUCUUCUGUUACGAACCUCAUUCAGGUCAAUAAUUUUAGCGAUAUCAACAAACUUGUCAAUGUUCUCACCUACGUAUUGAAGUUUUGUUCCUAUAUGAAGAGACUCAUAUCUCUUACCACAGUUUGUAAAAAUGAAAGAAUGAUUGCCGAAGUACUCCUAAUAAAGGAAGCACAACUGUUGCUGAGAGAUCACAAGAAUUUCUUAAUGUGGGAGAAGCAGUUGUUCCUUUUCGAAGAUGAACAUGGAGUUUUGAGAAGUCGAGGGAGAAUUGCCAAUGCAACUUUACCAUACUCGACCAAGCACCCUAUUAUUUUGCCGAGUGACCAUCCUCUGACAACAAUGUAUAUCCGUCAAUCUCAUAGUCGAGUGCUACACAACGGUGUAAAGGAGACCCUCACCGAACUCAGGUCACGAUUCUGGGUGAUAAAGGGAAGAAGUGUAGUCAAGCAAGUUCUUCACAGUUGCAACACCUGCAGACGACACGAAGGAAUGUCCUGCCGAGUACCACCACCCCCCCCACUGCCUACUUUUAGAGUUCAAGAAGCACCACCCUUUACGAGCACUGGUGUUGAUUUUGCUGGACCAUUGUACGUCAAGCAUCCUGGUGGAGUGCAAACGAAGGUUUGGAUAGUAUUAUACACUUGUUGUGUUACCAGAGCUAUCCACCUGGACCUUGUGAGUGACAUGUCGGCACCCACAUUCAUACGAAGUUUCAAAAGGUUUAGCGCGAGGAGAGGCUUACCUGCAAUGAUGAUAUCUGAUAAUGGCAAAACUUUUGUAGCAGCAGCCAAGACCAUCAAGAGGGUCGUAUCCAGCCCAGAAGUACAGAACUAUCUGGAAGGAACUGGUUGUGAAUGGAGAUUCAAUGUCCCAAGGGCCCCAUGGUGGGGAGGCUUGUUUGAACGACUUGUCAGAUCGACUAAACGUUGCUUGAGGAAGGCUUUAGGUCAAGCCAAGUUUUCGUAUGACGAAUUGCUGACUGCCUUGGUAGAGAUUGAGAUGGUGCUAAACUCUAGACCACUCACCUACAUUUCUGCAGAUGAUUUGGAUGAACCUCUCACACCUUCACACCUGCUUGUUGGCCGACGACUUAUGAGCUUUCCGGACCACCUAUUUUGUGACGAGGAUACUGAUUGCGAAGUAGACAGUUACCAACUAAAUGCUCGAUUGAAACAUCUUAAUUACUCAUUGGAUGCCUUUUGGAAAAGAUGGAGAAAAGAAUAUUUGGUGGAAUUGCGCGAAGCGCACCGUCACUAUCGCAGUAAUGGAGAACCACAAAUCACUGAAGGUGACGUUGUUGUUGUUUACUCAGAUGCCCAACCCCGUAGCUUUUGGAAGCUCGGAAGAAUUGAACGACUACUAGUUGGAGCCGAUGGCCAAAUCAGGGCAGCUAGUGUUAGAAUCAGUAACAAGGGACGCACAUCAGUAAUGAACAGGCCCAUCCAGCAUUUGUACCCACUUGAGGCGGCCCCACCAGCUGAUCCUGUGUUGGACGAUCCUGCAUUGGAACCCACUGACGACAGCAAGAAUCCCGACCAAUCAACUAACGUUUCGCUGAGACCAAAGAGGUCUGCUGCUGCAUUAGCUCGUGACCGUAUUCUAGCACAGGCAGCCUCUGAUAUGGAAUUCGACACUGAUAAUGGAAUUUGACAAAUAAUGAAUAUGAACAUGUGAACACAUAAAACGUUUUAAUUGUUAGCCUUUACACAUUUUAGUUGACCACGUAGCGUGUCAAAGUGGGGAGUGUGUUGGACAAUUUCAUUGGCUAUCUAUUUAUAGUUUACUGUCAUUACGUAAUGUUAUGUAUGCCAUGUGCGUUGAGAAGUAUCUCACUGUGAAAAUCGAAAUAAGUGUUAACGUUUGAA